AUGGCGCCAGCACAAGGACGCUUUUCAUGGUCAAACAUCGCCGUCGGGGCGGUCAUGAACAUGUUUGAAGUGACUACUCUUGGUCAACCAUUUGAGGUUAUCAAGACUCAAAUGGCUUCAAACCGCACGCAAACGAUGUAUCAGGCUCUGAAAACGGUCUGGAACCGCGGCGGUGUGCUUGGCUUUUACCAGGGUCUAAUCCCGUGGGCAUGGAUCGAGGCAUCUACUAAAGGUGCUGUGCUUCUUUUCACGUCCACUGAAGUACAGAAGGUAGCCAAGUCGCUUGGCAUGGGCCCUGGUGCGGCAGGCCUUCUUGGUGGUAUGACCGGUGGCAUUGUGCAGUCAUACGCAACGAUGGGUUUCUGCACGUGCAUGAAGACUGUGGAAAUCACGCGUCAAAAGCAGGUCACCGCUGGUGUCCCGCCGCCGUCUACCUGGAAGGUGUUUGCUGACAUCUACAAUAAGGAAGGUAUUCGCGGCAUCAACAAAGGUGUGAAUGCCGUUGCUCUCCGCCAAAUGACGAACUGGGGAAGCCGGAUGGGUUUUGCACGCCUGGCUGAGUCGCCCGUUCGUCGUUUCACUGGCAAGACGGAGGGCGAGAAGCUCAAUAAUAUGGAGCGUAUUCUGUGCUCGACCAUUGGCGGUGCGCUAGCAACGUGGAACCAGCCGAUUGAGGUGAUCCGUGUCGAGAUGCAAUCGCAGACCAAGAGUGCUGCUGCACACCGUUCAGCCAAACCAUCAAUUCUUGGCACUGCUGCCUAUAUCUAUAAGGAAAAUGGCCUGCGGGGUCUUUACCGCGGUGUUAGCCCUCGUAUCUGUCUGGGCAUCUGGCAAACGGUUUGCAUGGUAUCCUUUGCUGACUCGGUGCGCGAAUGGCUUGGCACCAGCAAAUAG